GGAACUUCAGUUCAGUUGCCGACGUCCACAACGACGGAUCGUCUUUUAUUUCGCGAGCUUUCUCAUUGUGUGUAGUUGUGUGUGUUGUGGUUGCGUGAGCCGGGAUAGUCUCACAAUUGACUUUUGCGCACCUCAAUUUUCUUGUUUAGAGAAUUUUAUUUGGCGUCAUCAUUUUUGUGAUUGGGCUCUCGCGAGCGCCAUCAGUCACGCUGUUAACUCAAGAGAAAAGAAGAACUCACUAUACUAUCUGCUGCUGGCCCAUUCAAGCGCCCAGCAAUUCCAGUGAUGAAGAUGGAUGGCCGAAUCGAUUUCCAAUGACGUCGUUACGUGUGCUGCUGCUCAACCCUUUCCAGACGAAACAACAAAAGAAUUUGAAUGCGCAAAGAGUAGAGAAGAUAAUAAUCGAAAGUGCCAGCUAUAUAUACUCCAGUUGAUAUCAACUGUGUAAUUGUGAGUGUCGCUGACUGUCGCGGUAUCAGUUUCGGGUGUUGCGUGUUGUGUGUCGUCGAGUUCACAACUGGAUGAAUCAAUAAACGACUUUCAAUCCGCUCUGCCAAAAGCAGCAGCGACACAACACAGUUGCUGUCAUUUCCAGUAGACGAAGAAGUGAGCCCGCAGAAAAUAGCCCGCUCCCUUUACGGACACACACAAACAAGUUCCUUAUAAAACGGAAUUUCAUACGUGUCCAUUGUUAUCUAUUGUCUUGGGUCACUUUUGGUCUUUUUGAAUAGAAGAAGAAUAAAAACUCGUUGGCCAAUAGGUCGGACACAAUAACGAUCGUUGAUAAAAGAGGUUCCCCUUGGAUAUUUUUUGGUCAGCUCAAGUGUCUUAACAGAAGAGAGCCCCGAUGUCCUUCUAUGUCGCAACAUAAACUAGUUCUUGGGAAAGAGUGAGAGAGGAUUAUCGCCCGUAUUGCCAAUCUUUUAAGCGUGUAGAAUCUCUACCAAGAAGAGGAGAAUCCCACAUGAACCAAUAAGGUCGCCAUUACUUUGAUUCGAGUGGACAUUCUCUUUUUUUUUGUGAAGGAGGGCCUUGUUCUUUGUGGCGGUCAAAUAAGGAGAGAUCUAUUCAAAUAGUCGUUUGUUGUUUAGUAACAAAAGGGCUGUUGACCUGUGCUGGUCUACCUCUCUCCGAUUCCAAUUGUGUCGCCCUUUUAUAUUUAAAAUUCUAUUUCUUGGUGGCAUCGCCUCUUUAUCGACAGUUGGAUCAACAAGAAAAAGCACCUACUUAACAGCAUCCUGUGCAUGUGCGGCUGACUUGUUUUUUAAAUUCAACCGGAGGAAAUCUAUCUAGACAAACUCAUUCCGUUACACGUCCGCUUUUUUUUUUCAACUUUACGGGCGUCGAAGUGAAUGGAACUGGGCGCGAGAGAAAUAACAACAACCAUCGGGGCGUCUAUUUCCAGUGUCUAACAAAACAACAAAGAAGAAGCGAAAUCGCGUCGUCCGCCUUCCGCAUCGAUUUCUCAACGCUCUGCCGCCGCCACAAGAGCAACAACUCCGGGAUCGUGAACUGUUUGCUUGAUAGUCUGGUUGUUAUACCCGUCGUCUGUGUGCGAGAGCGGAUACAUAUAAGAGGCGACGUGACUGACUUUAUUCUUUUGUUUCCUCCGCCGGAAUCGAUCCUCUUUAUAGCGGGGCGUCUGGCUGCUGGCUCCAUCUUCCUUAUUUCGCCAUUUCUUGGUGAAUUCAAAACUAAAAGCGAAGGCCGUCAUUUAUAUGCGCGUGCUGGGCUUUGUGUCCCCCCAAAAAAACGAUCCUGUUGUUGCCAUAAUUCCGGAAGAAGACGUCGUUGCUCAUCAGCAGUCUCUUUGUGUCCAAUGCGCCAGCAAAUCCCCCAGCCGCCGCCUCCGCCGCCGCUCACAUAAUAAUUGAAGUAGAAGAGACAAAAGUUUUGAAUCGCAAAUUGUGUGAGCGCCCGCCCGUCUCUCCAUUGUAUAAGAAAGAGAAUGAGACGGCCAUCAUAAUGGGCAACGCGAGAUCGGCUUCCUACUCGUACCACCAGCCGCUGGAGCAGCAGGAAGAAGAUCGGCAUCGCUCGCUGCCUUCGCCGCUCCAAUCUCAGCUGCAUCCGCAUCUGCUGUACGAGCAGCAGCAGCAGCAUCCGCGCCGGGCGGAAUCCUCACGCCGACACCAUCAGUCCUGCUAUUGGGGCAACGCUUCCGCCGUCCUUGCUGCAGAGAGCGCUAUUAACAGAUCCGCCGGCCGGAAUGGAAUUCCGGCAGCCGCUGCCAUGGCACGCGGAUGUUCGGAUGAUGGAUCGCAAAGGAGAAACAGCAGCGACGCAACGAUGGCCAGCAAUGCUGAUGACAAUAUGACGAGCGUCUUUGGUGGUUGUUCAAGCGAGACGGGCGAGCCGACGCCUUUGCCGUUCGUCCGUCACCGGAACCUGCCGAUCCGGCUGCCCCGGAUCAACAAAGAGUCGUGGUCUCACCAGUCCUUUAGCAAUAACACACUGAACAAAUGUGGCCGUCACAAAAGCCUCUCCUGCUCAAUGAUGCACGGACGGACGACGACGAUGUUGCCGGCCCAGAAAAAUGCCACGACUCCCGUCUUUGUCAACGGCGGCCCGGCUGGCCGCCACAGCGUCCGUUCCACUCGGCUGAGCGGCGAGUCGAUGAGACUAACCCAACCGCCCACGCCCUUGCCCAUAACGCCUCCGGUUCCAACGUCUAAUCUCUCCCUUCGUGACGACGCCGAUCACGCUGCGGGUGAUCAAGACGGCAGUGGCAGCGUUGGCGUUGGCCGGUUGCGAGGGGCCGUUAGCUGCGCCGCUCUACUCCUCCAGUGCAGCGAUUCCGGCGAGAAAAUCGAUCGAUCGAUGCCGUCGACGACGUCGCGACGCUUGGGGGAAGCGUCGAGCCAUCCGCGUGAUCAUAUCCAGGUCUGUGUCAACAAUAAUCAAGUGCCGGCCAUUCGCAGCGGUUGGCCGGCUGUCCAGCAGGCGGACCCUACGACUAGUAGUACUAGUGGAAUGGCUGGAAAUAGCAGCAACCCGUUCCGGCGUCAGUUCCUCAGCAUGAGAUCGUACCAGAGCCACCAGAAGCGUCCGCUAUUGGUGACACGAUCCAAUUCGGUGCGGGCAAGGCCUUCGGCGGCUUCGGUUCCGAUUUUGACCGAGUUGGACGGCCAGCAGUUCUUGCUCAACACCUUCAAAGCCAAGCACUAUUUAGAAAUGGCCCGCAUCAAGAAGCAGAGCGUCGAGCAAAAUUUGUCCAGCGCUUCUUAUUACGCGGUCAAUUUAUUGCCGUCGUCGACAAUUGGGCCGGCGUCGAACGACGAUACGGCGCAUCGACAACAACAGUUGGAGCAGCAACAGCAACAACCAACGACGACGACAACAACCUCCAGGUCGGGAUUGCGCAAAAGUUGGACGUCGAUUAGUCAGGAGAGUUUGGGCGAUGGGGAGGAAGAAGAGGACGGCGGUUACACCACGACAUUGACCGUUGGCGACAAUGGCAGUUUGCACAGUCGCUUCUCUGAUUCGUCGUACCUGACCAUGUUGACGGCCAACACUUCCCUGUCCAGCGGCUACCACGGGCCGGCCUCUUUAAUGGGCGACCCGCAUCCGGCUUCCUCCUCCUCUCCUUCUUGUUCCGACGAGGUGGAGGAGGAGGACGAUGGUGAGGACGACGCCAUUCAUCAGCAAUACCACAACCACCAGCAGAUGAUGAUGUCGCAUUGCGAUGGAACGACCUCCGGCAUUUUCUACCUCGAGUGGCUACGCCAAGUGACGGGCAGCGUCCCCGCCUACGUCGAGCUCAAACAGGGCCGUUUGCACUUGAAAUUAAUACAAGAUGAUGUUAUGGAGCACAUCGACGGAGCCGUCAAAGUCAGCGAAAUCACCGAACUUUUGCGCGCCGAGUACGGCAUCGUGACCGGUGGACGUUCCAGAGAGGGUCGCCCCAUCAUCACAUUCCCGGACAGGUGCAACUUUGCCACCCUAACUGAAGAUAAUUACAGGAAGUUGAUUGUUUACCUGACCUCCGUACCCGCGUUGCACGAUGCAGAUUUGGGUUACGUUCUCAUCGUCGACCGACGCUCAGAUCGCUGGAACGCUGUCAAAGCCACUCUAUUGCGGCUUUCGAAUUUCUUUCCCGGCCUGAUUGCCGUCGUCUAUGUUCUGCGGCCGUCUGGCCUCCUCCAGAAAGCCAUCUCAGAAGUCAGCAAUAAAUUCUUCCGCGAGGACUUCAAAUUCAAGGUGGUCGUUUGCAGCUGCCUGGAUGAGCUGCACCAGCGGAUCGAUGCUAGUCAGUUGACGAUUGAGCUGGGCGGCUGUUUGUUCUACAAUCACCAAGAAUGGAUCGAUACACGAGUCUCGGUGGAGAGCUUUUCGGCCAACACGGCCGACAUUGGCGCAGCCCUGCGCAAGUUCUCACGUCGGCUCCAGGACACGGAGUUGCCCAACGAUGUGCAAAGCACUCAGGCCGUUCUUCAGCAUCAGGGCCAAGAGUACGCCAGUCUCAAAACGGAGUUGAACAGCGCCAACGCACAAGGCGAGACCCUGCUAAACUUGAUUAAGAAACCAGCUCCUCUGGCCACCCCUGGACGCAGAUGCGAGCCCUGGGCUGGCCAACUAGUCAACAUCACGGCUGUCGAGAGGCUUUUAAUUCAAAUGGACGAGACGCAAAGGACGCUGGACGAGUUUUGGAACAAACACGCCUCCCAUCUGAAACUCUGCCUUCAACUACGCCAGUUCGAACUCGAUUUUAGAGAGUUGCAGAUCGUGCUCAACGAGGAUAUCCAAACGAUUUCGGACUUUGAGAGCGACGGAGAUACAGUGGCCGUCAUCGACGCUCUGCUUCAACAGACAUUCGAUUGCCGAACACGUUGCCAGUUGGAUCUGGAUCGAGCCGACGCGCUCUACAGUCAUGCGUCUAAAUUGAUGACCGAUUACGCAGACAGUCCCGUCGUACUCGAUUCGGUCCGCCCCAAGAGCAUCGAACUCCAACGAAUGAGCCAGACUUUACGCGAGCUUUUUAUUCAACGACUGGAAUCACUGGAACGCUCCCGCGACUUGUACCACCGCAUCGAAAAGGCCAAUCGCUGGUGUUCCCAGGGAGUCGAUCUACUGGCCUCGCAGCAACUGGAAAAAUGCUCUUCGCCCGAAUUCGCCGCUCAGGCCCUGGCCGACAUCGAAGAUUUCUUUACAUCGGCUUCCGAGUUCCGUGAUCCCAAACAGUUCCGCAACAUGUUCCAGGACAUCAUUACUCCCGAAACCAAAUCAUUAAUCAACCAGGUGAUCCAGCGACUUCAGGACGUUCAAGUCAUGUGUGAUAGACGAACGGUCGGUCUCAGACAAAUCGUCACUCGAGCUCGAGUGAUCCGCCCUGUCCAAACUGUGCCGCCCGAGCCGUCGUCUUUGGCCCGCUCGGCUUCUCACGGUAGCGUCCAGGGACGCAAAGAAUCGACACACGAAGUGGAAAACAUUUUGCCAGCCGUCAGUGCCAACGUCAAAGUUCGCCACGUCCUGACCGAGUUGCUGGAAACGGAACGGGUUUACGUCAACGAGAUUAGCAUUGUUUUGAAAGGAUACAGGGAUCAGUUGCUGGAUCCUGAUCCUUACCACUCUGGACCCUACCAAGUUCCUGUUCAGUUGGUGGACAAAACGGACGUCCUUUUCGGCAACUUGCCAGAAAUCUGCGCCUUUCACGGGCAGAUUCUCCUGCCAGACUUGGAGAGCAGCUUGUCUAGCCCACAGCUAGUCGCUUCCUGUUUCCUAAGACAUACGGAAGACCUGCACUCUCUGUACAGUUUCUACUGUCAAAACAUCCCACAGUCGGAAGAGUUGCGUCGUCAGGUGGGCGAGAACAACCCCUUCCUUCGCCAGUGCCAAACCACCCUUGGACACAAAUUACCACUCAGUGCCUACCUGCUCAAACCCGUUCAGAGGAUCACCAAGUAUCAGCUCCUGCUCAAGGAUCUGAUGAAGUACAGCCAAUGUCCUGUAGGCUCCUCUGACGACGUCAGCCGCGAUGAUAACGAUCUCCAAUCGGCCCUCGACGCCAUGUUGGCCGUUCUCCGUUGCGUCAACGACAGCAUGCACCAAGUGGCCAUCACCGGUUACCAAGGAAGUCUGGCAGAGCUGGGCCGGCUGUUGCUGCAAGGAGGUUUCAGCAUGUGGGCUGAGGGCAAACGUGACCGGCUUCGUGAACUCCGGCUCAAACCGAUGCAGCGUCACGUGUUCCUGUACGAGCGAGGCGUCGUUUUGUGCAAACGCGUCGGCAAAGAAUUGGACAAGGCCACUUAUCAAUUCAAACACCUUCUGAAGAUGUCGGAAGUUGGUCUGACGGAAACGGUUCACAGCGGCAAAGGCAGCGACGCCCGCAAGUUCGAACUUUGGCUCCAAGGUCGCCACGAAGUUUGGGUUUUGCAAGCUCCAGCCCGAGAUGUCAAAGAAACUUGGAUUACCGAGAUCAAACGCGUUCUGCUUAAUCAGUUUCAUCAGCUGAAAGGUCAGACGAUUGCACAGACAUCCACAUCGCGUACAGGCGGAUCGGCGUUAUCAUCGAUUGGCUCCGGCCACCCAGUCGUCGCUCCGGCUGGCGGCGUCCAGAAAGCCAUCCAGCAUUCUUCAUCCAUAUCCAACGGCGCAUCGCAUCCAUCAUCUCCCUACGGUCCAAAAUCCCUGCGUCCGGCGUCUUCUUGCUCCUCCUGGGAAUACAACAACAGCACAGCCGGAAGCAGCAGCAGCAGCAGUGGCGUCAGCAGCGCUGGCGAUCGGAGUUCGAUUGUGGACACGAGUGCCUCGAGUACGACGUCGAGAGCCUCGUCUGGAAGCCGGAUGCUCCGCUCGGCCACUGUCGACGAAGAUGACGGAUGGAGCACCGAUUUCUCCCUCAGCGAUGAGGACAUGGGCGAAACGUAUCUCGAUCACGUCGAGCCACUGCGACGCCGUUACGUUGUGCUGGCCGACUACGCCCCUCUGGGACCGACCGAGGCCGGCCUUCGGGAAGGAGAUAUCGUCGAUCUUGUUCGCGUGGGAUGCGCCGGAUGGUGGUACGUCCGCCCGUCAUCAGUGGGCAACUCCUCGUCGCAAGAGGGAUGGGCGCCAUCGGCGUAUCUGGAGACGGCCCCGGCACCCACCAUCAAAUCACCUUGUAGCUCCGGGACUCCUUCGCCGUCGGUCAGCAGUCAAGACAGCGAACACGAUCAUCUACAAUGAAAUCAGAACAAUCCCAAAUGGAAAUGAAAACCUUUGGCAGCCCGCUGCUGUCGCUUCAGUUCAAAUUGGCCAAUAGCUUUCGUUUCAUCCUUUUUUUUUUAAAAUAGUUUGCUGUACAUAAUAAUUACGUCUACACAGUUUUUUUUGUUUGUUUUGCCAAUUUUUCAGCCAGAUGAUGUGUCUAUUUCUAAUCGAUUUUUAUAUAAGAAUUUGAUACAGCCUAUUUGUAACAUUUU